CUGCCAAGAAUCUCGCACGUGAGGACCUUUCCUCAUUCCCCCAAACCGCCAAGUAUUCGAUGAAUCUUCUUCUUCUUCUUCUUCUUCUUCUUCUUCUUCAUCUUCUUCUCUACUUUUUCCCCUUUUUAUGAAGGUAAAACAAAGACAAGAAUAUCAUUUUAAAUUACGCCUCCUUUUCGGAUCCCGAUUCUUUGUCUUGUUCGUCUUCUUCCACGCUCUCUCCAUCCAAUCAAGUGCUCUUCAUCCUUUCGGAUCACAGAUCCCAUCUGAUUCGGAAAUUCAGUUGUUUUGAUUUUGAAUCCGUAAUGGAUAAAUACGACGCUUUAUCAGAUUUUCUCAAGGAAUUCUACAUCCCUUCAUACGUCCUCUCGCCGGAAGCAGAGGCUCCUCUGGCACUUCCCCGCAAUGCUACUCCACCGGAGAGCCCCGUCCUUGUCUUCAUCAACUCCAAAAGCGGUGGUCAGUUGGGUGGGGAACUCAUUCUCACCUACCGUUAUCUUCUCAAUGACGAGCAGGUCUUUGAUCUUGGGCAAGAGACUCCGGAUAAGGUGCUCCGGAGAAUCUAUCUUAACCUGGAGAGGCUAAAAGAUGAUGAUUUCGCUCGUCAGAUUCGGGAGAAAUUGAAAAUCAUUGUUGCGGGAGGUGAUGGAACUGCUGGCUGGCUCCUUGGAGUUGUAUGUGACCUUAAAUUAUCACAUCCUCCACCUAUUGCCACCGUUCCUUUGGGUACAGGAAAUAACCUUCCCUUUGCUUUUGGAUGGGGUAAGAGAAAUCCGGGAACAGAUAGGACCUCGGUGGAGUCGUUUUUGGAUCAAGUGUUCAAGGCCAAAGAGAUGAAGAUUGACAAUUGGCACAUACUUAUGAGGAUGAAGACUCCUAAAGAAGGCUCUUGUGAACCUCUUGCACCUCUUGAGUUACCACAUUCUCUACAUGCAUUUCACCGUGUUUCCCCAACAGAUGAACUGAAUAUGGAAGGUUACCACACAUUUCGCGGGGGAUUCUGGAAUUACUUUAGCCUGGGAAUGGAUGCUCAAAUUUCGUAUGCGUUUCAUUCUGAGAGGAAGCUGCACCCUGAAAAGUUUAAGAAUCAACUGGUUAAUCAGAGUACGUAUGUAAAGCUUGGUUGCACGCAAGGAUGGUUUUGUGCCUCUCUUUUCCACCCUGCUUCACGGAACAUAGCUCAGCUUGCAAAGGUUAAGAUUGCAAAUAAAAAUGGGCAGUGGCAUGACCUCCACAUACCCCAUAGCAUCAGGUCCAUUGUAUGUCUGAAUCUGCCCAGCUUUUCUGGAGGACUAAAUCCUUGGGGCACACCAAAUCCCAGGAAACAACGCGAUAGAGACUUGACUCCACCAUUCGUUGAUGAUGGCCUCAUUGAGGUUGUUGGGUUUAGAAAUGCUUGGCACGGUCUUGUCCUGCUUGCUCCAAAUGGACACGGAACACGACUUGCCCAGGCAAACCGGAUUCGCUUUGAAUUUCACAAAGGUGCAACGGACCAUACAUUCAUGAGGAUGGAUGGGGAGCCCUGGAAACAGCCACUGCCAAUGGAUGAUAAAACGGUGAUGAUAGAGAUUUCACAUCUUGGCCAAGUGAAUAUGCUUGCAACUCAUGACUGCCGAUCCAGAAGCAUGUACGACCCUUCAACACCACGCCAUCAGGAUGCCGCAGAAGAGUAUGAUGAUAAUGAAGACGACUCAGUGGCUGAAGAGGAAUUUAGAAAGUUUGGUGCUGCAGAUACCUUCAAGAUUCCUGACGAGGUUGAUAUUUCUCACCUUAGUUAGACGAUUAGCCGUUUUCACAGUUGUUUCUACGCAUUCUUCCUCCGGUCUCUGAUUUUUUUUUUUUUUUUAAUUGGUCACAUUUGUGUUCUCUUUCAUAAAGGAAACAGCUAGCAGCAAUUGGUACAGAUUGGUACCCAUCAAUUUUUCUUUUCAUUUUUCUUUAGUUGUUCAAGCUGAAUGGUCGAGACAGUUAUGUAAUGUAUCUGGAUUUUAUUUCAGCGCGGUUCCCUGUGCUA